AUGCGACUUCUCCAUCUCGAUGCUUCUGGGAGACCUGUCUUGACAAAUUUCCACGGGAAGCCUAUCCCGCCAUAUGCCAUCCUUUCGCAUAGAUGGGGAGAUUCAGAGCUUCUAUUCGAGGACCUAGGGAGCGAGGCCUAUAAAGAGAAGAAGGAUGGUUAUCAGAAGCUGAAGUUUUGCGCUAAACAGGCGGCUGAAGACAACCUCCAGUACUUCUGGAUCGACACAUGCUGCAUCGAUAAAUGGAACAAUCGCGAGCGGUCAAGAGCGAUUAACUCGAUGUUUCGUUGGUACAGAAAUGCGACAAGAUGCUACGUGUUCUUAUCAGAUGUUUUGGUACCUACUGCGACAGACACAUAUCAAUGUAACGAGUGGGAGGCAAGCUUCCGAGCGAGCGAAUGGUUCACUCGAGGCUGGACACUUCAGGAGCUGAUUGCGCCAGUAUCAGUUGAGUUU